AUGGAACAACCGCAAGCAGCCAUGGCGUCGGAGGCCGGCGCCGGCGUCGACGCCGACGCGUACCGCAUCCGGCCGCUCGAGCUCGGCGACCUCUCCAAGGGCUUCUGCGACCUCCUCGCGCAGCUCUCCCCCUCCGCGCCCCUCACCGAGGACUCCUUCCGCUCCCGCUUCGCCGAGCUCGCGGCCCUGGGCGGCGACCACCUCGUCCUCGUCGCCGAGGACGCCGGCACGGGCCGCAUCGCCGCCGCGGGGGCGGUUCUCGUGGAGCGCAAGUUCAUCCGCCGCUGCGGCACCGUGGGGCACGUGGAGGACGUGGUGGUGGACGCCGCGGCGCGCGGCCGGGGGCUCGGGGAGCGCGUCGUGCGCCGCCUCGUGGAGCACGCGAGUGCGAGGGGGUGCUACAAGGUUAUACUGAACUGCACUCCGGAGCUGAGGGGGUUCUACGCCAAGUGCGGAUUCAUGGAGAAGAACGUCCAGAUGGGGCUCUACUUCUGA